CAUUCCACAGAUGGCGGCGCGGAGACUGGAGACCCUGACUGGCGGGGCUCCUCAAUCUAGGUACUGACUUGCGAGGUAAGGCGCGUGCCUGACUGGCUCCUAAAGCUCGCGCCCGCUCACUCGCUUUCCAGCGUCGCCAAACCCCGGCCUCAGACCCUCGAAACUUUGAAGCCCAGUGUCCGCCAAGAGAAACAAAUUGUAAAACAGCGCCUAGGGUUUUUCUUGUUUGUUUGCCUUUAAUAGAUGUCUACAAUAGGCUGCCUGGCAAAACGAGUCUAUGGAAACGGUUGCCGGGGCCGGCAAAGAGCUGCUUCCGGAAGGUUUUUUUUUUGUCCUUUUUUGGACGCUUUGGUAACAAUGAGCCAGCUGGACCAUCGCAACGCCCCUUCCGGUUUCAUUACGUCUCACUGAGCUCUUUACAAAUGUUGCCUUUGACCCCGGAAGUGAGGUCUUCCGGGUUCCUCCCUCCCACAAGAUGGCAGCUGCUGAAGACGAAUUACUGCUGCCGCGGCUCCCUGAGCUGUUCGAAACCAGCAAGCAGCUCCUGGAUGAAGUGGAAGUAGCGACUGAACCCAGCGGUUCCCGGAUAGUCCAGGACAAGGUGUUCCAGGGACUGGCUCUCCUUGAGAAGGCUGCCGAAAUGUUAUCGCAGCUCGACUUGUUCAGCCGAAAUGAAGAUUUAGAAGAGAUUGCUUCCACCGAUCUGAAGUACCUGUUGGUGCCAGCAUUUCAAGGAGCCCUCGCCAUGAAACAAGUCAACCCCAGCAAGCGUCUAGAUCAUUUGCAGUGGGCUCGAGAACACUUUAUAAACUACUUAACUCAGUGCCAUUACUAUCAUGUGGCAGAGUUUGAGCUGCCCAAAACCAAGAACAGCUCAGCUGAAAAUAACACUGCUAGCUCCUCCAUGGCCUAUCCUAGCCUCGUUGCUAUGGCAUCUCAAAGACAGGCUAAAAUAGAGAGAAAUAGAGAAGUAAGAAGUGGGAGCUGGAAGAAAAGAAGAGACGAUCAUUUAUUAAGCCGUUUUACAAGGAAUUCCUGCAUCAAUGGGAGAUACAAGCAGAAGAAGGAGAUGGAACGUAGAUUAUCUGCGCUGAAAUCUGCUGUGGAAAGUGGUCAAGCAGAUGAUGAGCGUGUUCGUGAAUAUUAUCUCCUUCACCUUCGGAGGUGGAUUGGUAUCAGCUUAGAAGAGAUUGAGAGCAUUGACCAAGAGUUAAAGAUCCUGAGAGAAAAGGAUUCCUCAAAAGAGGCAUCAACUUCUCACUCAUCUCGUCAGGACAGGCCGCCAAUGAAACCCUUCAUUCUCACUCGGGAUAUGGCCCAAGCCAAGGUAUUUGGAGCUGGUUAUCCAAGCCUGGCAACUAUGACGGUGAAUGACUGGUAUGAUCAGCGUCGGAAAUAUGGAGCAUUACCAGAUCAUGGAAUAGCCAAGACAACACCAGAGUUCAAAAAAGCAGCUCAGCAGCAGGAAGAUCAGGAACAAAAGGAGGAAGAGGAUGAUGAGAAAGCACUACACAGAGCCCGGGAGUGGGAUGACUGGAAGGACACUCAUCCUAGGGGUUAUGGCAACAGACAGAACAUGGGUUAAUCUUCCCACAACAAGACGAGACUAGAAGGGCGUGCAUCUUCCCCUCCAAGGAAAGCUGUACAGUCUCCGGCUCCCUGGGCUCCUGCUUCAGCUGUGUAGGACAAAAGCAAAGAUGCUUCAUCUUGCUUUGUGUUCAAUAAAGUGUCAAACAAUUAUGUGUGUAUUUGUACCCUAGGUGAUGAACCAAGAAUCUUGUUGCAGCAUUCUUAUCCUUAUCAUGGUGUAUUUUGAUUAAGUGGAAAGAAAAGAGCACUGCGAAAUGGCUCUGUAUAAUCAAUGGCUGUAUGAAUUCUCUUUAAAAAAUAAUAAACGUCUCUUCUAUUACAUGAGCCUCUGCAGAACAA